CGGAGAAACAGAGGAAAAGGGGAGCGAGUGAGUAACGGGAACUGGGUCGGUUUGGAAAUUAAAUCAAACUGAGGAAACGGGGCCGAGCGUGGAAGCUGCGACACAUAAAAAGAACGGCUGGGAUCAUCUGCUUCCACUUCUUGGCGCCUGCAGGCGGAGGAGUACCCGGUGGAGCAGGGGAAUGAAAGAAGAGGCAGGGAAAGAGAUGCUCUCUGUUUUCCUCCUGGACCUCUUGAUCCAUCCCAUUAGCUUUGUUUAGAGUUCAGCUGGUGACCGGGCUGUGAAGAAAGCAUACACAUCUUUUUAUUACCUCUUGCUCAUCUUCCGACAGAGAACUCCAAUACGUGCUACCACUGUUUACAGACAGUUUGUUGGAAUCAUGGCAAACAUGUGCCCAUACGGCAGAUUCACCCACGCCGUGGUGAGGGGCAUCCCAGAGACCUUUGGGAAAGCAGUGGGAGGCGAUCGCGAGAACGGGGAUAUCUCAGUGGACCUGGCCAAAGCUCAGCGUCAGUUUGGUUGUCUGACGGGAGCCCUGAGGCAGAAGGUGGGCCUGCAGCUGAUCGAGAUCCCCCCUGACCCCGAGCUGCCAGAGAGCUGGAGGAUAGAGGAUGUGGCAGUCAUCCAGGGGGACACGGCACUCAUCACCAGACCCUUCAAACAGCAGAGACGCAGUGAGGCGGAGGCAGUGAGGAGGGUGAUAUCAGAGCUGAACCUGACCGUGGUGGAAAUGGGGGCUGAGGAAGGGGACUCCGGAGGGGCCACGCUGGAGGGCAGCGACGUUCUCUUCACGGGGAGGGAGUUCUUUGUCGGCAUCUCCUCUCACACCAACCACAGAGGGGCAGAAGUGCUAGCAGACACUUUCAGGGACUUCGCUGUGUCCACCGUCCCUGUCUGCGGUGGAGCCAGACUGAAGAACAUCUGCUCCAUGGGAGGUCCGGACACGAUCAUCAUCAGCAGCAGCGACGGGGCCAAGAAGACACUCCGGAUGAUGGAGCAGCUGACUGACCACCACUAUGAAGUGCUCACUGUUCCAGAGGAAUCAGCAGCGAACUGCGUCUACAUCAAAGGUCCGUCUAACCGAGACUUCCUGCUGCACCGACCUGCAGAGGAAUGUCCCGACAGCGUCUCUGCCUUCCAGAAGCUACAGGACUACACCCUCCUGCCUACAGCCUGCAGCGAGGCCUCCAAACUGGGAGCGUCUCUGUCCUCGCUCUGCCUCCUCAUCAACAGAAAGCACACGUAUUUCUGAAAACACGGCUUCGAAACGUCAGUAGGUUACACAGCGUUUGCCUGCACGUGUUCACGGUGGGGUGUGAAGGGGGGGCCUCUGAAACUGAACACAUCAGAUUUCCAGAUUAAAAUUCUUGUCUAUUUAUUUCAAGGGGAAAAACACUGACACACAGCAUUUGUAUGAGCGUGUGAUCCAACUGUAACAUCUGCUAACUGACUUUCUGAGCAAACAAGCUGAUUCUGGGCACUGCUGCCCCCCCCCUGCUGAACCAGCAGUGCAGCUCUACGAAACCACUAAAUUCAGCUGUAGCUUCACACUGUUUUUGACCACAACCUUUCCAGUUUCUGCAGACCAUCACUGAGCUGAGCUGAGAUCACAUUUACUGAAACUGACACUAUCCAAAAAGCAGAUGGAUGUUGGUACCAAGUUUGAGACUUUUAAACACCACACAGAAUGUAAUUUAAUAGCUGUUUCCUGAUCAUACUGAACUCUGAAGGAAAAAAAAUCAAAGACGAACGCUUUCUGAUAUAACUACAGUGACCUGGACAGGUGAAAUGAACGGGUUAAGUAGAAAUUAUUCUUUUAAAUCUGAAAUUGACACUUCCUCAUAACAUUACUGUUUACAGUAGGCAAGAGAAAAAUACUUUUAAAAACAAGGAAACUGAAUUCAGUGUUACUUCUCUAGUUCUCAGAUUCAUGACAAUGUAUAAUAGUUCUUGCGUCCAUAGUACAACAGUUUGGUACCUACAGUAUGUCAAAUGUUAGUCGUUUUACUGUCUCAAUCACAGGAAAUGUAGCUGCUAAGAAUAGAAAUGCAGAGUUUUUAAAUAAUUAUUUUAGCUUUCUUAUGUAUGAAUUUGUAGUAAGUGUAGUGAUGUCAAUAA